AUGCCACACGUCAAGUUCGUGCUCCCCACGGCCACUCCUCGACCUGUGGCCAUCGCCAACGGCCGAGAGAUUCCUGCAUGGUAUGACAUUGAGGCAUUUGUCGAGGCAGGAAUUCCACGGUCGCGUAUUGUUGUCGGAGGCUUCAGUCAAGGUGGUGCAGUGUCUUACUUCACGGGCUUCCAGACCAAACAGCCAAUCGGUGGCGUGAUGGUGCUGUCGUCGUUCAUCCCGCGUGAAAAGGAGUUCCAAUUUGCCCCGGAGACGGCAGGGGUGCCUCUGCUCAUAUGCCAUGGCGACGCUGACUCGCGAGCUCGCUACGAGUGGGCGCUGAAGUCAAAGCAGAGACUGGCUGAUGCUGGGGCCAAGGACAUCACUUUCUACACAUACCCAAACAUGGAUCAUACGUCUUCUCCUCAGGAAAUGAAAGACGUCCGAGCCUGGCUGGGUCGUGUGCUCCCAGCGAUUUCACAAAAGCAAGAACUGUAA